UAUCAAGAGCAGGGGUUUAUGAAAAACCCAAAGAAUUAUAAAAUACUCUAGGGUAUUUUUAUUUUCAGCUAUUCUUGUGUUAAUCACCGUCGCUAUAAAGUGAUGUAGUCAUAUAAAAAGUGAGGCAAAGCCAAGAUCUCAGUUAAUGUUCCAUCACAUUUGUGGCAACGAUGAAGUGGCUUUCGAUAUUCUUCCCGCUGUUAGUAGUUAUAUCUUUAAUGGAAGUUGGUUAUGCUAGAACAAUUCCCAAAAUAACCAUACGAAAUGGGGACAUUAUUGUCCAUGGCAACUGCAAUGGCUGCACGGCCAGAGCCUCUAAAAACUCAGCUCACUUAUCUAUAAGAUUUACCAGAAGAUGGUAAAAAAAAUUAAGUUUUAUAAAAAAAAAUACCUCAACAAGCCUUAUUUAUUUUACAAAAAUUA